GUAGUAUUGUGAGGUACAGUGACGACACCUAGUGUUAAGGCUGCGCAUUUUUCUGAUUAAGAAGGCUUUCUUGCUAGUUUGUACUGUGAAUAUGGUCAGAGGCCGUACAUCAUAUCCUCCAAUAAUUGCGUGGGUGUUGCCACUGGCAGAAGAGCUCGUAUAUGCAGCGUAGGGGUUAAAUUUCCACUUCGGGUCUGCUUUCACACGAAACAUUGCUAUUCCCACGAUCUCAGCCUCCCCUACUGAAUCAACCCCCGGCACGCCCACCGGUAUCACUAUUCUCCAAAUCCUCAAGAAAACGUCAAGAUGACGAAAGGUACUUCGUCCUUUGGUAAGAGACACACCAAGUCCCACACGCUCUGCCGGCGCUGUGGCCGCCGUGCGUUCCACAGGCAACAUAAGACCUGUGCCCAGUGCGGCUACCCCGCAGCAAAGUUGCGCUCGUAUGAGUGGGGCCAAAAAGCUAAGCGCAGAAAGACCACCGGUACUGGGCGCAUGCGUACGCUCAAGGACGUAUCGAGGAGAUUCAAGAACGGAUUCAGAGAAAACACCGUCGCAAAGAAGCGUGUCAGGCCAACCGCGGAGGCAUAAGCAUGAGCGGAAACGCGAUACCGCGCUUGCAUGUUGUUUUACAUACUUGAGAAUUUUAUCCUAUGCCGCUCGCAUCAUUUUCUACGCACGCACAGAAUACAUGAUUCAUGCCAUGCUUCCUCGUCGAUCCUGAGUGAAGCGUUGAACGUCAUUUUGAUUUGUCUCGUCUUUCUGAUUUUACGAACAUCUUAUACUCCGAUCAUGGGUAUGAGCCUGGUUACUUGGUGUUUCGACCCAUGUGUGUUUCUUGAUUCGCAUCUACGUUGACAGCAAGUAUUUAGGACCAAGUAGCUUGAAUGUCUAACUUCGCAGACAGGGUAUAUGCUGCUGCACCUGGUUCCCUGAUGCUGACCGUCCUACCUCACGUUAUUGAUUUGCUGAGACAUCCUA